AUGUCAAGCAGAAAAAGAGCAUAUCCAAAGCCUCAGUAUGCGAUAAACACUCCACAAGCGGUAGAAACUCAGUACCAACAACCACCGCCUGGUGUCGCGCAACAAGCAUAUGGUGUUGACCAGAUGAAUGGUCAAUUCCAAAACCUAAAUGUCGGAGGAACUGCUACCACGCAAGAUCAGUAUCAGUAUAACCAGUUUCAAGCACCUCCUGUCCAACAAAGCUAUGAUUCGUAUUACCAGCAACAGGCUCCCCAACAGCCAACUUUUCAAUCUCAGGGCAGCUAUUAUGGGUCUCAACAAUCAUCACAAGCAUUGCCAUUAAAUCAGUUGUACUCGACAGAUUUAUUGAGAGAACUUCCUCCUUCGAUAAGUGACUUAUCAUUGCCUCCACCCCCCAUUGUCUUGCCAAGUGAUACGGCUUUAAUUCCAGGUUCGGAGACAGCAAAUGCUCCUCCAGACUAUUUCAGAUCAACAUUAAAUGUUAUUCCGACUAGUCAUUCGCUUUUAAAGAAAUCGAAGUUACCAUUUGCCCUAGUCGUGAGACCGUACACUACUCUUCACAUUGAAGAUGACGAUGUUCCUGCUACGAGUGAUACAAUAAUUAGUAGAUGUCGUCGUUGUCGGUCAUACAUAAACCCUUUCAUUACGUUGACUGAGCAGGGGAGACGUUGGAGAUGCAACAUUUGUGGUCUUCAAAAUGACAUCCCUUCCGCAUUUGAAUAUAAUGAGAUUACAAGAACAGCUAAAAAUAAGUUCGAUAGAACAGAACUCAAUCAUUCAGUUGUGGAAUUUGUUGCUCCAAAGGAAUACAUGGCUAGGUCUCCUCAGCCAAUUGUCUUUACUUUUAUCAUUGAUGUCUCAAUUGAGGCUGUUAACUCUGGUUUAACUGGAACCAUUACUAGGACAAUAUUGGAGAGCUUAGACCGUAUUCCGAAUCAAAAUAAGACCGCAAGGGUUUCAUUCAUUGGUGUUGAUUCCAAUUUAUACUAUUUUAAGUUCAAUGAAGGACUAGAGGGAACUGAAAUUUUGGUAGUUUCUGAUAUAGACGAACCAUUCUUACCUUCGCCUGAUGGUUUACUAGUUAACCUUAAUGAAAACAGAGAUGCAAUUGAGAGAUUAUUGAUUGAUUUCCCCACUUAUUUCGAAGACACAGCAAAUUCAAGCUUUGCUCUAGGUCCAGCACUCAGAGCGGGUCACAAGAUGAUCAGCAAUAUCGGUGGUAAAUUGAUUUGUUUUACAUCUUCGUUACCCAAUUUAGGUGAAGGUAAAUUGAACGUAAGAGACGAGGCUGCAUUUUCCGGUAAACCUAAAGAAACGCAGAUGCUUCUAACGCCAGCUGACAAAUUUUACAAAAGUUUUGCCGUUGAUUGUAAUGGCGCUCAAAUAUCAGUAGAUUUAUUUUUAACUUCUGCCAAAUAUCAAGAUGUCGCCACAUUAGCUAAUUUAGCUCGGUAUACUGCGGGUCAAACCCACUUUUAUCCAGCUUGGUCUAGUGCUAAAUCAGAAGACGUGACGAAAUUGUCUAGGGAAGUGAGUGAGCAUUUAUCACAGGAUAUUGCUCUUGAAGCAGUCUUGCGAGUAAGAGGUUCGACAGGAUUAAGGAUGACCUCGUUUUAUGGUAAUUUCUUCAAUAGAUCGUCAGACUUGUGCUCUUUUCCAACAUUUCCAAGGGAUCAAAGCUAUUGUAUUGAAGUUUCUAUCGAAGAAAAUAUCUCAAAACCUGUUGUUUAUUUCCAAGCUGCUGUCUUACAUACAACUUCAUUCUGUGAAAGAAGGAUAAGGGUAAUGACAUUGGCAAUUCCUACGUCUUCGAAGUUGGACGAUAUUUAUGCCUCCGCUGACCAAUUAGCAAUUACUACUUACUUUACGCAGCGAGCUGUUGAAAAGGCUCUUUCAAGCUCCUUGAUAGAUGCAAGAGAUUACUUGACUAGGUCCAUCGUUGAUAUACUAAAUGUUUACAAAAAAGAAUUGGUCGCUGGAAAUAUCUCAGGUGCUUCUCCAUUACAAUUGUCGACAAAUUUGAGAAUGUUGCCUCUCCUAUUAUUUUCCUUGACGAAGCACUUAGGCUUAAGACCCGAAAGAGUACCUUCGGAUCAUAGGGCGUCCGCCUUAAAUAUGUUGGGAUCAUUGCCGAUCCCCCAUUUGAUCAAGUAUAUUUAUCCAACAGUCUUUUCAUUACACAAUAUGGCUGAUGAGUGUGGCUUGCCGGAAACAGUUGUUACUAUUAAUGAAGAAACCGGGGAAGAGGAUGUAAUUACAACAGCCAAUAUUUUGUUACCUGAACCUAUUAAUGAUUCGAAAGCGCAUUGGGAAAAUUAUGGUUUGUACCUCAUUGAUAAUUCUAGUGAGUUGUUCUUGUGGGUUUCGGGUGAUGUUGUACCAGAUUUGGUUGCAGAUUUGUUUGGAACAGACAAUUUGUACGAAAUUCCCACUGGAAAAACUGAACUUCCUGAAUUUUCUAUAGAGGAAUCAGAAUUUAAUUAUAGAAUUCGUCAAAUCAUUGGUAAAAUAAGAACUCUGAAAGAUUCGAUAAUCAGAAAGAAUUUGUAUGUCGUUAUCGGAGGAUCCUCAAAUGAACCUAUUGAGAUUUCUCAACAGCGUGACUUGAUGGCAUUAAGGAUGUGGGCUUAUAGUUGCUUGGUCGAAGAUAAAACUGGAAGCGAGCCAGCUUACAGAGAAUUCUUAACCUCUUUAAAGAGCAAGGUGACCCAAUAA